AUGCGCGUCAAAUUCCUUGCAACCUGGGGCUUGCUUUUCAGCUCGGCUGUUGGCUCGCCUCAGCCUCAGCCGGAGCCCAAGCCCGUACCUAUGCCUGUGCCUGGCAACUCGGUAUCGCAGAGCUCGGAGGAUUAUUUGAAUCCUGCGCAUAAGAUUGCCAUUGCUGGUCUCGUUACUGGCACGUUUCUAACUGUAGCGACUCGACUGUACGACGACUAUCUGAGUCGCUAUGCAAACCGGGCUGCAACCAAUGAAAAAGGCGUGCAGGCACAGCUCAUAGCUUUUCAAAACUACAUAGGGGAGCUGGGCAAGGCAAGGGACCCAAGAGUCGACGAGAUGGCCAAGGAGUUGAACUCCAGGCUUUGGGACAUUCAAAAUCGCUACGGGUAUAAGCUUAGAAAUGCGGGGAGAACGCAGGUCGCUGGUAUUUAUGCGGAGCAAGGCGAGGAUCUCCACCAUCUGAUCCAAGACCUCCGGCAUUGUCUCAGUGAGGCGCAAGAUUGGGAUAAUAAUCACCCCCACGGGACAGAAAGCAGCGGCCAACAGACUUCAUAUUAUGGAUACAGCACGAGACACCAAUCGUUCGUCAAAAGGGCCAUCAACGACGCGAGGCAGAGCGGCAUCUCUUCGGGUUCAGACUACAAGAAGAGGGAUACUGGCAGCAAGACCGGCGGCAUCCUCAGGCUGCGCAACCUUGCCCACAGAGCCCAGCUGCUUCACAUUUUCGACAUUUGA